GCUGCAGGCAGGCAGCUGUCUGUCUCUGGCGUCCCGGGCAAGUGCAGGCGAAGGCGUAGGCGUGGAAGGGAGAAGGGACGGACGGAGGCACCUGGGACAGGGAAGGAAGCAGGUGACAGGUAGCUUCCCCGUUUUUGAUUUGGUCAAUCGCCUCAGCCCAAAACAUUGACGGGCACCUCUUCACUCGCGCACGGCAUUGCGUCCUCGUCCUUGUCAGACGAGACAAGCCCAGGCUCGGAGCGACAGAGGUCAUAUACCGACCAUGGUCCGGCAACUCUAUGUUACUGCUCUCCAGUCUCGUACAGCAAACAGCAGCACUCAACGAUGAGAUACUCAACAGCCUGCUCGGCGUGUCGAGCGCGACGGCGAAAGUGCGAGGUCCCUGUCAGCGGCGGCCAGUGCACGUACUGCGCGGCCCAAAACAUUGCCUGCUCGCGGGCAGGCUCCAUCAUCCAGCCCAAGGCUGCGCCCAUCAGCCCAAUCUCUAUGACGACCCCCGAGACCCCGACCGUCACCGAAAUUAUGCUCGCCAGCCCGCCCGGAAUUACGCCCUCGGCAGCCGUCGCCGACAAGGCGCUCUGCACCGAGCUUGUGGAGCUGUACUUCAGCUAUAUCCACGACCAGCUCCACUCUCUCUUCCACAAGCCCAGCUUCAUGCUCGAUCUCCACGAAGGGACCGCCCCGCUGGUGCUGGUGUACGGCAUGAUGGCGUUAUCAGCGAGAUUCUCCUCCAAUCCCAUAUUCAAUGGUAUCUCCCCCAUCUCCAGAGGAGAGCUCUUCGCCAACGAGGGGAACCUGUUGCUCAACUUGCGCAAUGUGUCUCUCACCAGUGUUCAAGCAUGCGUCCUCCUCGGCGCAUACUCCAUCGUAGAAGGCGAGGCAGGCGCCGAGACCGUCUUCUACUCAGCGGCCUGCAGGAUAGCCAACUAUCUUGACCUGCCCAACCUGCCCACUCCUGACCCGCUUCAACGGGAGAUUCACAUUAGAGUAUAUUGGUCGCUCUGCAUGAUCGACGUUUGGUCAUCCACCGGUGUCAACCUUCCACUUUUAAUGGACCGUCGGAUGGAUGUCCCAUUACCUAUGAACGAAUCAACGUUCCUCAACAUGACCCGCGCAAACAACAAUCACUUUGAUUUCAUACUCUCCCCCAACCGGGAAGAUUCGCUCAUUGCUCAAAUGAUUAAGCUGAACAGCAUUUUGAUGAGAGUCAAUGACGCCAUCAAGAGCCUCACCUCCGAUGUUGACGUGACCAACAUUGACGAGACUGUAUCUCAGCUGUCCCAGGAGCUAGAGGCCUGGGAAGUUGAGCUACCCCCGAGCCUCCGCGACACCCCAGACAACCUCCACUCUUUCGCCGCUCAAGGGCUGGGCCGUAUCUUCAUUGCUGUGCACACUGGUCACUACCACUAUAGCCAGCUGCUCUACUACCAAUAUCUCGAUGAAGUCCAACGUUUUCCUACAUCACCUACCGCCCAAAUGUUCGCCCGAAAGUGCAAAGAAAACGCCAUCUCCAUGUCACGCAUCAUCGACCUUGCCAACACCACGCCCGGCUGUGACGCCAAGUUCAAUAUGCUUGGACACAUCAUCGUCAUUACUUCUUCCAUAUUUAUUCAUACCCUACUCUUCGAAACAGAUGAGGCCGAGAUUGCUAACGCCCGCGCAAGCCUCGAGCGCCAUUUCAAUGCGCUUGUUGCCUUGCGCGUAUACUGGCCCGCGCUCGAAGUCUGUUUCGCCCGCUUAAAGACUUUUCAUGAAUUGUGCCGCAAAAGCAUGAGUACCAGCUACCGUAUGGACCGUUGGAUGCUCAGGUUUCUGACCGAAUUUGCGAGGCCGAUUGACGAGAAGGAGCGGGACGAAGAUGGCCAUAUGGACCUCGACAGGUGGAGCGUGGGCAACAUCGGCAUCAGUCCGGAAAAUUGGGCGUGACGAUGCGAGCGACUUUGACUAGGACUAGCGACCCAGUGAACCCACUGAACACCGUGACUGCCGUUCCAAGAAUCACCCACCGCAACCAUCAAAUUCCGGAAGCAGAGCAACGCGCAGCUACGUGGGUUUUGCGCCUGGAACGGUGUUUUAAGAAAUCUUCGCGUGCUGCGCACUUCCGAGGUGUCUAUGAAUGUCACCCUUCCUACCCGAGCUGACAUCACUUUGAAAAGACCAGCAGAAUAGCGCCACACUUGGGGUUUUAAUCCGCAAUCCAAGUCUAGCUGUAAAAUAUUGUAAAUAUCGAUCUUGAAUCGGGGUUUGUAUUUAACGUUUUGGUUUGUGUUUCCUUUGGAGGUUGGUGCAUGGCGGGAUGUGGAAUUGUGAAGGCAAGGAUGUCACAUCUACUAGGAGUAGAUUUGGGGCGACGAAAAAUAUAAGGAAAACAAACCUCCCAUUUCAUAACUAAAGGAC